AUGUCAGGCCCAACAUCAAACCCAGACUGGAACAGAAGCGGCAGUCCUGCCUACGGCACGUUCACUCGGCCACCGUUCAAUCCGAAUCCCACCAAAAGCCACGACAGUAAUGACAGUGCUAUUGCACCCUCCAGCAAUGGUGGUGAGGAGGUCUCACCGAAGCGUCGACCUUCGCCUCAGCGGAAGCCAUCAAAACACAUCGAAUUCAGAAAGUACCUGAAGCGCCCUCAUAUGAUGGAGACGCAGAGGACGCUAAGCGAUGCAUUACGAUCGGCAAAGAACAGGGAGGAGCAGGAGACUUUACUCCCCGAGGAAGACUACGCUGGAUCUGAUGGGUGCUUCAAUGGACAGGGUGAGCCUAUGAUCCCUAGGACAGCCAGUACGCCUGGUUUGAACAACAACACCAGGACAUAUUUCAAUAUCCACAGGAUACGACGUCUCGUCUUGGCUGUCAUCGAAGAUCCGUACACAGUGGAUCAGCUGCGAGAGCCUCGUAUGAACGUUCUCAUUGUAAAACCACUGGUCGACCGUCUUUACGAUGAAGACGACAUAUCCAUCGUGUACUGUUUACUCGUCAAUCGCAUGCAGUUUCUUCGAGAGCAGCAAUUUCAGCAACAUCAUCAAACUGUCGAUUUGACGCGUGCCAACCUUUGCGAGCUGGUCGCCAUGAAGGUGCUGCGACGGCACGACGAAGAGUCUACGGGUAAAGCUGGUCUACUACUCUUAGCACAGAUCAUGGUCGCUCCUUUCCAGCCGUUUCAAGGCGCGCCCGAAGAGCGUUGUCCACCGCGACACAUAUCAGAGUACCAGGGCCAGGGUGACAAUGAGGGUAAAUUGACGGCGCUGGAAGUGGCUAUCGUCUCCGAAAGUAAGGUACUACUAGCUGGCUCCGCGAGCCAAAAGGUCAUUGACGCUAUCUAUCGGGGACGAAUCGUAUACACCCCGACCGUCUAUAUGGAUAUCAUACCGGAUCACUACAAGUAUAAGCCCAUAUCGCUUUACGAUCCACGCAAGGCACCGACACUCAACCAGUAUCGCCUCAUGGUACCGAGAACGCGCAACAUCAUCGAAGUUGUACAGUUCUUUAUACUGCUCGCACUCUAUUGCUGGUGUAUGACCAUGCGACAAGAUCACUAUCUGACUAUUGCCGAGAUCACGUUCUUACUCUACGGCAGCGGCUGGGUACUAGACGAACUCAUAUCAUGCCUUGAGCACGGUUGGGAGGUACAUACACAAGAACUUUGGGCUUUCCUGGACGUCACAUUCGCCGGCAUAUUUCUCAUCUAUCUCGGCAUGCGGUGCCAUGGAUGGAUAACAAAUCAAGACGAAACGGGUAGACAAGCCCUUGACGUUCUUGCUGUCGCAUCCCCAAUAUUGUUCCCACGUAUCGCAUUCAACCUUAUGCCCGAGAACAUGCUGUUCAUUGCUCUGAGGGCGAUGGUCAAGGAGUUCACAGCACUGAGUCUGAUCGCUGUAUGGUGCUUUGGUGGCUUCCUGUUGGCGCUCAAAUGGCUGAGCAUCAGCAACCCCGAAGUUGGCUACGAAGACUCACCAAACUCCAUCACUAUCUCCAAAUGGAUGCUCUGGAUCUGGUUCGGUCUGGAUGGCCAAGGCAUCGAUGAAGCUCCUGGGUUCCAUGAGAUUCUCGGUCCUACCCUGAUGGUGAUCUAUGCUUUCCUGGGUAACACACUAUUCUUGACAGUCCUUGUCUCGAUUCUGUCCAACACGUUCAGCAAGAUCGCAGCAGAUGCGACAGCCGAAAUCCAAUUCCGCCGCGCCGUGCUCACUUUCGAAGGUGUCAAGUCCGAUUCGCUAUUCGCCUACCGCCCACCCCUCAACCUAUUGGCGUUCAUCAUUCUACUCCCUCUCAAAUUCAUACUCUCGCCCCGCUGGUUCCACAAGAUCAACGUCUCAGCGAUACGUAUCUCGAACUUCCCUAUUCUCCUCGCCAUCAACUACUAUGAGCGUAGGUAUCUGUGGAAGCCCCGUCGCCACCUCAGCAUCAACGGCCCUGGGCCCUCCAAACGCACAACCUGGCUGCAAGACAUCGGUUUCUGGAGGAGCUGGAAGCAAUUGAGUCCGCACGCUGAUUUGCAGGCUGUGUUCGAAGAGGAGCCACCAGAGGACGUAGUGCAUAGAAUCGAAGAGGAGGAUGACCUUGAAGACGCUAUCCUCGAAAACAGUUUCGCAGCGAAUGCCAUGGGUACUCGUAGUGUGAGUCCAGGAAGUGCAAUGACGGGAAGAAGGAGGAGAUUGAGUAGUGUGUGGCCAGGACCGGGCGCUUAG